AUGCCUGCCAUGGCCAAUAUCAUACCUGCUCACUUGUCGACACCGUAUCUUCUCGGAGGCCUUGUCGUACUAUACAUCGGCUACAGAAUCGCCCUAACAAUACACAUCGAUGCCAAAAUCCGCAAACUCGGUGCGCGGGCACCUGUAAGAAAGACAUACGUACCUUUAGGGCUGGACAUGGCAUAUGAAGUCAUCAGCUACGCACUCAAAGACAAGAGCUACGAGAUGUGGAUCCAGAUGUUUGACAAAUGGGCCGGACCAGGACGAUACACAAUCGAAGCCGGUGUAGGAGAAAGAGUUAUCCUGACCGCCGAACCAGAGAAUAUCAAAGCCAUCCUCGCAACCCAGUUCAAAGACUACGGAAAGGGCGAGCAGUUCAGAAAAGACUGGCAUGCGUUUCUAGGAAAUGGCAUCUUCACAACAGACUCCACACUCUGGCACAACUCGCGCCAACUCAUCCGUCCCCAGUUCAUCAAAGACCGCCUUUCGGAUAUUGAUAUCUUCGAAACACACACACAAGUCCUUCUCUCCAAACUCGCUGGCGGCCAACCAAUCGAUACACUGGAUAUGAUGUUCCGCUACACGCUCGACGCAGCGACACACUUCCUCCUCGGUGCCAGCGUCGACUCCCUGCACCACCCACAAACCAAAUUCGCCGACGCAUUCUACAACGCGCAGCGCGUACAAUCCAUCAUCGCCCGCGUGGGUCCUCUGAACUGGGCCGUUCCCCGCAAACGGAUGCGCUUUUACGACAGCAUCAAGACCAUCGAUGAAUUCGUGAGCAUGUACAUCGACCGCGCCCUUGCCUUAUCCACGGAAGAGUUGAAUGAGAAGAGCAACCACGACACCGACUACACCUUCCUUCACGCGAUCGCAGGCUACACGCGGGACCGGCAGAUGCUGCGCGACCAACUCGUGUCCGUGCUGCUCGCCGGCCGCGACACCACAGCCUGCACGUUGACGUGGGCGAUAUACCACCUCUCACUCUCCCCGUCCAUAACCGCAAAGUUACGGCAGGAGAUUAUCGACACCAUCGGGCUGGCAGAGAAACCGACGUACCAGCAUCUGAAGGAUAUGAAAUACCUGCAGCACGUGCUGAACGAGACGUUGCGGCUGUAUCCUGUGGUGCCGUAUAAUGUCCGCAUGGCGCUCAAGGAUACCACGCUGCCGACCGGCGGUGGGCCGAGGGGCGACCAGCCGAUUGGGAUUCUGGCUGGGACACCGAUUGGGUACAGCACGCUGGUGAUGCAGCGCAGGGCAGACUUGUAUCCGGGGAGUGAGACAGGGUUUGCGGAUCCGACGCGGUUUGUGCCUGAACGCUGGGACUCCUGGACCCCCCGCAGCUGGACCUACAUCCCGUUCAACGGCGGCCCACGGAUCUGCAUCGGACAGCAGUUCGCGCUCACAGAGAUGGGGUAUACACUCGUACGCUUGCUGCAGCGGUUUAGCGGGAUUGAGAAUCUGAUGGAUGGCGAGCACCCGGGGCUGCAUGCAGAUAUUGUGCUGCAGCCAGCGCGGGAGGUGAGUGUUAGGUUUGUGGAAGGGGUGGGGAAGAGUGGGUAA